UGCUAACAAGGUUUUCUUUAUAGUGUUUUAAAAAAGAUUCAACAUUUUAAAUUAUAUUUAUACAUAGUUUAACACGAUGAUUAAUUAUUUUUUAGCCAUUUUCAUAUUAUGGCCAACUCCAGCAUGUUAUAAUAUGGAGCAUAAUUUUGAUCCACCUUCGGUCCCCAUAGCGCACAGUAACAAGCAAAUCGACGACACUGACAUCUUGGUCAGGGACAUAAGCAAACUCCAUCCAAGCGACAUGUUUAACAUAUCUCUCAUCUCGCCUUCGGUCUCCAAACCACAUAGUAACAAGAAAAUCGGCGACACUCGCAACUUAGUCGAUUAUAUAAGAAAUCUCUAUCUAAGUGACAGAUUUUCAGAUGUUAUUUUGGUUGUAGAUGGAGAACGAUUGCCCGCUCAUCGAAGUGUUUUAGCCUCACGCUGUGAAUAUUUUAGGGCAUCUUUUAGUGGAAAAUUUAAAAAAACCAAUGAUGUGGAGGUGACAAUAACUGACGCACCAUUAACGUUGUUUAAAAUCCUUCUCGAAUAUAUUUAUACUGGUCGAAUAAAUUUAAGUGGUAUUGAGGAUGGAGACAUUUUCGAAUUAGUAAGACUUUCGGAUUUUUUUGAUAUUUCAAACUUGAAUCUUUCACUUCACAAGUGUUUGCAAAAAAAUAUUACUGUACAAAAUGUAUGUUCGUUUCUUGAGUUGGCUCGAAAUUAUCAAUACAAGGAUCUCGUAGACGAAUCACUUAACCUUAUAGACGAAAACGCUUUUGAUGUAUUGCAAUCUGAAGAAUUUCUGUCUUUGUCACCCGACGAUCUUCAAGAAAUUUUCCAUCGUGACACGUUUUAUGCUGACGAAUUAUUUAUAUUCCGUGCGGCAUGUCGCUGGAUCAAGAAAAACCAAAACGAACUCGAUCGUGGUACUAAAAUUAAUGUUUUAUCAGCUGUCAGACAUGAGUUAAUGAGUGUCGAAGAACUGGUUGAGGCUAAGCAAUCACAACUGGUUAGUUUGGAUAUAAUUUCAGAUGCAAUUAAAUUUAGAAACACUUGGUCAACACAUAAGCCUCAAUUUCGAGGACAGCUAAAACCCAAUAAAAAUCUUAGAUAUAAAUCUAAGAGUAUUCCACAUACCGAUUACCAUAUUGAAGGUACUAAUAUGAUAAAGUUGAGUACUCCAUCAACUAUAAACUAUAUGGAAAUAACGGAAUGGUAUGAAUAUAGAAUAGAUCAAAUAAACUGUUUCUCGUAUUACAUUGAAGUUUCAAUAGAUGGGCAAAAUUGGGUGCGUCUUAUAGAUCAUUCAAAUUAUAAUUGUCGAACAUAUCAAUAUUUGUGGUUUCAUCCACGCCUAGUUCGGUAUAUACACAUUGUUGGAACCAAUAGCACUGCUAAUAAGAUUUUUAUAUUUUGGCAAGUCAUGUACAAUACAGAAGAUAUGCAUAAUGUGGAAGUAAAAAAUGGAUUAGUCGUUCCUAAGUUCGGUUAUGAUGUCAGUUCAGAAGAUUUGAGAGCUUUUGUAAUCAAAGGUAGAAAUAACUCUAAUGAUGGUUCGCUAGUAGAGAGUUACGAAGAAAGCAACGCUAGAAAGGACAGAUACACGUAUCAUGUGCUGGGAUCGGGUGGUAUAGUGGUUCAACUCGCACAACCAUAUAUACUUAGUUCAAUGAGGUUGCUGCUUUGGGAUGAUGAUGCUUGCAGUUAUACUGUUGAUGCUUCAGUCGAUAAUAAGGAUUGGGAGAGAAUUGUAAAUAAAUCUAAUGAGCUGACGCAAUCUUGGCAGGUAUUGAAAUUUACACCCAGGCCGAUACUCUACAUUCGUAUUAUUGGCGUUAAAUGUGCAGCAGGCAAUGUUUUUCGUGUUAUAUAUUUGGAAGUUCCCGCUCAAGUAACAUUAGAUUCCAACGUCGUUGAAGAUGAUCGUGCGGUAACAAAUGACGGGUUUUCAGAUGUUGUUUUGGUUGUAGAUGGAGAACGAAUUCCCGCCCAUCGUAGUGUAUUAGCCGCACGCAGCGAAUAUUUUAGAGUCUUAUUGUAUGGAGUUGGUAAAAAAACCUAUAAAAAGCAUGUGGAAAUAAGUGAUGCACCAGUAACCUUAGUUAAAGUCAUUCUUGAAUACAUUUAUACUGGUCGAAUAAAGAUAAGUGUUUUAGAGGGUAUAGAGGAUUGUAAUUUACCUAUUCUACGAGGUGUGAGCGUUUAUUUUUGGAAUCUUUUAACCAAAACUUUGAGUAACAAACAAAGUUAUAUGUCGGGGUCUUCGUCUUCCAAAGCGGACAGUAACGAGCAAAUCGACCACACUCGAUUCUUGGUCGGCGACAUAGGCAACCUCUAUUUGAAAGUCAGGUUUUCAGAUGUUUUUUUGGAUGUAAAUGGAGAAAAAUUGGCCGCCCAUCGUAGUGUAUUAGCCUCACGCAGCAAAUUUUUUGAUCGCUUAUUGUAUGGAGAUUUUAAAGAAACCUAUGAAUCGCAUGUGCAAAUAAGUGAAGCACCAGUAUCCUUAUUUAAAAUAAUUCUUAAAUAUAUUUAUUCUGGUCGAAUAAAUUUAAGUGGUGUAGAGGGUAGAGAGGUUUUCGAAUUACUUAAGAUUUCGGAUUAUUUUGAUAUUCCAAACUUAAAACUUUCGCUGCACGAAUAUUUGCAAAGAAGUUUUAAUGUACAAAAUGUUUGUUCGUUCUUUGCUAUGGCACGACUUUAUCAAUACAAGGAGCUCCAAGUCGAAUCACUCAACUUGAUUGAAAACAACGUUUUGGAUAUAUUGAAAUCUGAAGAUUUUUUGUCAUUGACAUCUGGAGCUCUUCAAGACAUUCUCAAUCGAGACACGUUUUAUGCCGACGAAUUAGUUAUAUUCCGCGAGGUUUGUCGCUGGAUCAAUAAUAAUCAAAACGAAUUGGACCGUGAUACUGAAAUCCAUGUUUUAUCGGCCGUCAGAUAUCACUUAAUGAGUAACGGAGAUUUGUCUAAGGCUAAGGAAUCAAAACUGGUUAGUUCGGAUAUAAUUUCAGAUGCCAUACAACUUAGUAACACUUGGUCAACAGAUAAGCCUCAAUUUCGGGGACAGAUAAAACCCAAUGUGCGUCUUGAUUAUCAGUCUCAUAGUUCUCCAGUUACCAAUGUGAAUCUUAUCCAUCGGUCUCAGGGUUUUUCGGUUUUAAAUAACAGAAGCGGUACUAAUGUAAUAAAGUUAAAUACUCCAUCAAUUAUAAACUAUGUUGAUAUAUCCUUAUGGCGUGAACAUAGGAUUGAAAUAAUGAGGUGUUACUCUUAUUACAUUGAAGUUUCAAUAGAUGGGCAACAUUGGGAGCGACUUAUAGAUUAUUCAAAUUAUAAUUGCCGAUCGCGUCAACGUCUGUGGAUUCAUCCACGCAUAGUUCGGUAUAUACACAUUGUUGGAACCGACAGUACUGCGACUUUUAGAAUUUGGGAUGUCCGUUACAAUACAAUUGAUAUGCACAAGUGGGGAAUCGAAAACGGAUUUGUCGUUCCCAAAGACAACGAGACGUAUAAUGUGGCUUCAGAAUCUGUCGAUGCAAUUGUAAUCGAAGGUAAAAAUAGUAACAAUAGAAGAACGCUAUUAAAUGCCUUCAUUGACGACUACGAUAGAUAUCGCACAUACACAUAUCAUCUGCUGGAAUCGGGUUUUAUAGUGGUUCAUCUUACGCAGCCAUAUAUACUCAGUUCAAUGAGGUUGCUGCUUUGGGGCAACCAACAAUGA